AAAUUCCCAUAUGCGUCUUGACAAACCUUUGUAGAUAGAUAGACAGAUAGAAUUGAGUGAUGACCUCACCUUUAAUUUGGCAUCUCUGUCUUUCUCUACACAACUCAUGGCACCACUGACGACACAUGACCAGAGCAGCAGCAAGGUCAUCAACUAACUAGAUCAUCCGAGACACAACCGGCCAUCCAUUAGCCUCCCAUGGAAACAAGCAAGGGAAGCGAUGGGAGCUCCGCCGCCUCGGCGAGCAACGAUGACAGCACCGUGGAGGAGGAAGGCUCUGGCCAUCAGCAGGACACCCUCAGGGGGAAUUCUUCGUCAUCUUCGUCUGUGCGCUCCUACGUCCGUUCCAAGAACCCGCGCCUCCGCUGGACGCCGGAGCUUCACCACUGCUUCAUCCGCGCCAUUCAUAGGCUCGGCGGCCAAGACCGUGCUACUCCGAAGCUCGUUCUUCAGUUGAUGAACGUUAGAGGGCUCAGCAUAGGCCAUGUCAAGAGCCACCUCCAGAUGUACAGGAGCAAAAAGAUUGACGACUCAGGGCAAGUCAUAGGCCAUGUUCCCUUGCCUCAUGUCUUCAAUCAUCGCCAGAUGGGCGCCGGCACCAUAUUGCCAAGGUUCGGCACUACUACACAGCCUCCAUGGAGCAGCUGUCAUGGACCAUAUUGGGUCCAUAGUCGCCCAUUUCUUGGAUCAAAACCGAGCAAUUCGUCAGCAGCUGAAGCAGAUGCAGCUUUCCUUCUGACCCGAGCACAACAUGUAGCUAGAGCUUCAUCUACCAUUUCAGAAUUGAUGAUUCAACACUACCCAUCUCGAGAUGAUCAGCAUGCCAUGAACCACCAACAUAAACGAGUGAAGGAAGGUACGGUGCGCAACAAUGAUGAUAUCCAUGCUCCUCUUGAUCUCGAUCUCUCCCUCGGAAUCGUCACACCACGUAGCAAAAUGAAGAAGGAGAAGAGAUCAGGCUGCAGUUGGGUGAAAGAAGACGCUCAUAAGAAUGUUUCCCAUGAAGAAGAGAUGGAUGAGAUCAGUAUAUCUCUCUCCUUGUUCUCUCCUGGGGAUGCUCUUCGGAAGAUGAGUAGUAGCAGUACAGUAAUAGAUGUCAGUGUGGAUAUUAAGAGAGAGGAAAUCAGCAUGCUACAAUGAGGACAAGUACUCUUGGUCUCACCAUAUGAUCAGUACGCAGUGUGGUGAUAUCUUGUGGUACUUGUCCAUACACAUGUUAACAUGUAG